AUUUGUUUUAAUGUCUUUAAUUCCAAGUUGUUGUUUAAGUCUAUCUUUUUUUUUUCUUCCUUUUCGCCCUGAACCGUCAGGCUUGCUAUAGUAUCCAACGGUUGACAGUCUUUUCAUUUGAUUAUUAUCAUGAUACGAAACAAACGCAUCGAUUCUUCUGAGAUCUAUUGUACAAGGCCUAAAAAGAUAAAAAAAAAAGAGUAGGGAAAGAGAGAGAGAAAAGAGAUUUACUAUAAAGGGAUGAUAGAUUAAAGGACAAAGAGAUAAAUGAACAAAUUAUUCUUUAAACUGAGGAUUUGUGUCCUAAUUAAGAUAAUGCUUUUGCAGUUUGUUAUUAUUGCAACAAUAUACAACUGUAACUAUUUUAUCAUUAUUGUUAUGUAUAUCUGCUUGUUACUACUAUUACCCUUUAAAUUGGUAUAUGACCUGUUAAAGUUAAGUAACUACAUAGUAUAUGUAUUAAAGUUGCAUCUUACAUUAAUAGUGAUACAGGUUAUUACUCUUAAAUACACACAAAGGAGUGAAAUGGGUUGUUCUCUGAUUCAGAUAUCAUGCCUUUAAAGGAGUAAAUACACUG